GCCAACAGGACAUGCGAAACGGAAAUCGUGACGUGAAUUGUGACAGCUGGCCUUUUAGGCGCGAGUGAUAACUGCAUUCAGAUUUUACUUUGUUAUUUGUAGAUUUUUAGUGAUUUUUUUCCCCUCGCUCUCUAAAUGCAUACCGUUUGUGAAUUUGUGCGCCGCGUUAGUGAGCAGUGAAAAAAUCGUAUGCAGUCAAGUUUGAAAUUCCCGCACCCACAACUGACCACAAAUUUUCACGCGCACAGCAAGUUGCCCUCUUUGUAGCGGUGCAAUCGCGGUCAAACGCCACCGGCAUGGCAGCAGCUGUCGAUGUGGCUACAAAGCAAAUUUGCAGCAGCUGCGAUUUCAUAGCCGGCAAUCACAAAAAGCAAAAGCAACAACAAAGCAAAGCUUGCCGCACUGAACAUUAAUGGCAGACUGAGGAAGGUAUGAAAAGCAGAAAAACGUAAACAGAAAUUGUAGAAAACGAAGAGAAUGUAGAAGAAAAGUCAGCCGAAAAAGCGCAAUCGAACGAGUGCAUUUGUGGUGGUUGGCGCUUCAAAAAACUCCUUUAGCUGCUGACUAGUAGAAAAUCGGAAAUAAAAAAAAACGCUGUCAAAGUUAUUGACUGUGGCGCCAAAGUUGCAUAGCAGUGCUGCCUGCCCACUGUGCGGCAGCGGUGUGCCCAGAAAAAGAAAUGAAAAUAUUGGCGGAAAUGAAGCAUGCAACUUGUGUCCAUUGCUGUCAUAGCCAUGCAAGUGCAACUGAUAUACAACAACAGCCAGCGAGCAUUGCGGCAACAUUAGUGUGCACAAGUAUUUGAGAAGCCGCAGCAGCAGCAGCAGAAACAGCAAACCCAUUCACUUUUCAUCAACAGCGUUUUUGUGGCAGAUGCAGAAACGCUACCCAACCUCCACACAUCCCCUUGCUCAUCAUCACACACCACUCCUCAAUCCUUCUCAGCGCCCACGCGCUGCCAUCAGCGCGCCACAUCAAAGUCGUAGGAAGCAAGAAGAGGAAAUUAAAAUUUGCAUGUGAAAGGAGUUGAGUUCUUGCAACGCGCGCCUGGCAUUUGCAUAGUCCUUUCGGCGCUCAUUCGGCGCUUUCGGCAUAUAUCGUUUAAAAGUGUGGAUUUGUUGUUAGUGUAAAGGAAAAGCUUUAUGCACACAAGGCUUGCUGUCAGAUUUUAGUGUCCGUCCGGCUUUGGCGCACUUUUGCUGCGAGGAAUCAUUUUCGUGGCAAACGGAAAUAAAAACUGAGUGCCUCACCGCGUUUCGAGAAUGUAGUGUAAAUAGUGAACAAACAAAAAAGGUAAACACAACAAAAAAAAAAACAACAACUGCGUGGCGUAAGUAAACAGCAUUUGCAACUGGAAACCAAUUCACACAUUGAUUGCAUUUGCUGUGCGCAUAGCAAGACGACUUUUUUCAGCUGAGUGUUAGGCUGCAAAAGUGUUGAGUACUAAAUGUAGAUGGAAAAGUGAAAAUUGAAAACUGAAAACUGAAAACUAAAAAGUGAUUUCUUCUUUCAUUGCCUCUUACUCUGUCUAUGUGCUUGUGUGUUUGCUACAGAUUUGCGGUAAGUGCAAAUGAAGUGCACACAGCGCGCAAAUACAUACAGAUUAUAAGACUAGUGCAGGCGAACGACGCACGCACUCGACUCAGCGUUUGUGGGUGGGGCAGUCAUCACGCAAAGCACGCAGGCGAGCAGCAAGUGUACCACGCUGACAGUUGUUUAAAUCAUACAAGUCAAUUUGACUGCCUGCUUAUUGCAUUCGGCUGCUGGCGCACCCGCCUAACGCCUGCCCAUUGCAGCCCGCACGCAAGCACGCACGCAGGCUCCCAGUGUGGUAAACAAGUGGCAAGUGCCACUUCUAGCUGCGGUUGUUGAGUGUCACUGUCAUUGCCAGCAAGCAGCAGGCAGCAUUCAACAGUCAGAAGAGCAAACAACGAAGAAAACACCACCGAUACAACCACAAACACGCUACUCGACGUACAUACGUACGUGACACAAAUGUGCAGCUUUGACUACGUACAUUUAAAACGGCAGCUCCUUUUGCUUAGUCGUUCUUCAUUUUGCUUAUUUGAAUAUCAACGCGCCACAUGGCAUGCAGCUGCCACUGCUGAAGCAGCAACUAUUACUCAGCGCUAAUACGGGCUACCCAAAAAAUACAAACAUACAUAGAGAGCUGCACAUACGACCAUACCACACAUACAGACGCAAGUGGCAAGUGGCAGCAAGUAAAGCUAAAGCCCUCAUCACUAUUGCUGAGUUAAGGAAACAGUGAAAACUGCAGCCAAAGCAACAGCAACAGCAACAGCAACAGCAACAGCAACAGCAACAGCAUGCCGCCGUCGCCGUCGUCCGCCUUCUCCACCGCGUCGGUGUGCUCACCAUCAUACACUUCUGGAUUUAUCGCUUAUUCAGCAAUCGUUUUGCUUUGCACUUCCGGAAUUAAAGCCAGUUGGGAAGAAUGGUGGACGUAUGAUGGCAUCUCCGGACCAAGUUUUUGGGGCCUUAUCAAUCCACAAUGGAAUAUGUGCAAUAAAGGGCGACGCCAAUCCCCCAUAGACGUAGUGCCCGACAAAUUACUCUUCGAUCCGUACCUGCGGCCGUUACACAUCGACAAGCACAAGGUUUCCGGUACACUACACAACACAGGUCAAUCGCUCGUCUUCCGCGUCGACAAGGACACAAAGCAACCGGUUAACAUCACCGGUGGCCCACUCGCCUAUCGCUAUCAAUUCGAAGAGAUUUACAUACACUAUGGCACAGAGAACAGUCGGGGGUCAGAGCACUAUAUACAGGGUUACAGUUUCCCCGGUGAGAUACAAAUUUACGGCUUCAACAAGGAACUCUACCACAACAUGUCCGAGGCGCAACACAAAUCGCAGGGUAUUGUCGGCCUCUCGCUGAUGGUGCAAAUUGGGGAGACACCAAAUCCCGAACUACGAAUUAUAACCACCACAUUUAAUAAGGUUUUGUAUAGAGGCUUUUCCACGCCCAUUCGGCACAUAUCAGUGCGUUCACUGUUGCCAAAUACAGAUAAUUACAUUACCUACGAGGGAUCCACAACGCAUCCCGGCUGCUGGGAGAGCACCGUAUGGAUUAUUAUAAAUAAGCCCAUCUAUAUCACAAAACAAGAGUUAUAUCAACUCCGACGACUGAUGCAAGGCUCCGAGAGUACACCAAAAGCUCCAUUAGGUAAUAAUGCGCGUCCCGUACAAGGACUACACCAUAGAACUGUAAGGACAAAUAUAGACUUUAAGCGUAAUAGGAACCAAAAUUCAUGUCCGACCAUGUACAAGGAUAUGUACUACCGAGCGAAUCGUUGGUCACCGGAUACUGGCUUAUUGAUUCGUUGACCCAACAGAGGACAUAUGCAAAU